CUAGAAAGGAAUGAGACUGGGAGCCAGAACUUUGCAUGAUGCAUUCUGCCCUAAUGAACCACUCGUCAGACCGAUUUUUGUUGUGCGUCAGUGAAUGUGGGGUUUUCUGUUUGUUAAUGAGUGUGUUUGGGGUUAGGAGUGGAAAUACCAUUACCAUGUGUUUUUGGUUGCUCCUUUGGAGCCCUACGUGCUGCAGACCAUUGUCAUAGGAAGGGGACAGACAGGAGGACACAACCCUUUGGCUUUAGUUGUGACGUCCCAGUAGAUCUUCCCAAGGUGUAUCAGAGGGGACAUUUUUGCAACCUUAUAAGGAACUUUAGGACUUAUUUGGGGAUUUUAGGAGGACAAGAACAGUUUGCAGUUUCAAGGUUCCAGCGUCCGAACCAUGUUCUCCACGGCCACUUCAUACAAGAACCAGCAUUACUCUGAGCUGAAGAGGAAAUGUCUGGAGGACAAGAAACUGUUUGAGGAUCCAGAGUUUCCUGUCACCAACGCAUCCCUGUUUUACAGGAAGCCACCUCCUGGUACGGUGGAGUGGAAGAGACCACGGGAGAUCAGUGACGGGCCUCAUCUGUUUGUGGAGGGCAUCAGCUCCCAUGACCUGAACCAGGGGCUUUUGGGUAACUGCUGGUUUGUGGCUGCAUGCUCCUGCCUGGCACUGAAGCCAGACCUCUGGCAGAAGGUCAUCCCUGACUGGAAGGAGCAGGAAUGGGACUCCAAGCACAUGGAGAACUACGCUGGCAUCUUCCACUUCCAGUUCUGGGUGUUUGGGGAGUGGGUGGACGUGGUAGUGGAUGACCGCCUGCCCACCAUCAAUGGAGAGCUCAUUUACUGCCACUCCAAAGUCAAAAACGAGUUUUGGAGCGCCCUGCUUGAGAAAGCCUAUGCCAAGCUCUCUGGCUGCUAUGAGUCGCUGGACGGGGGCAACACUGGGGAUGCGGUGGUGGAUUUCAGUGGAGCCGUGGCAGAGGCCAUUAACCUUGAGGCAGAAGCUUUCCACAAUGACCAGGGGAGAAUGGACAAACUGUUUGAGGACCUGUUCAAAGUCUACGACAGGGAUGGAAUAAUCAGCUGCUCCAUCAAGGCGUCUCCUUCUGAAAUCGAGGCACGGAUGGCAUGUGGGCUGGUGAAGGGCCAUGCCUACUCAGUGACUUCAGUGAAGAAAGUACGAUUGGGCCACGGGCUGAUAGCCUACUUCCAGAACGAGACCAUCCCCCUGAUCCGCAUGAGGAACCCCUGGGGAAAGAUUGAGUGGAACGGAGCCUGGAGUGACAGUUCAGCGGAAUGGAAAAAAGUUGGCAGCAUGGAGAGGAAUAAGCUUGGCAUCACAGUGGAAGAUGAUGGGGAGUUCUGGAUGGAGUUUAGAGACUGGUGUAAGUACUUCACGGAUGCAGACGUUUGUCGUCUCAUCAACACCUCCCUGCUCACCAUCGACAAGACAUGGAACGAAGUGAUGAUUUUAGGGAGUUGGACCAAGAAUGCAGAACCUCUGCGCAACCGCUGUGGAGGCUGCAUGAACCACAAACAUACCUUCUUACAGAACCCCCAGUACCUGUUUGAGGUGACCGAGGAAGUGGAUGAGGUUCUGAUCUCCCUACAGCAGAGAGACAUGAAGAUCCACAGACGUAUCGGCCAGGGAGAGAACCUCACCAUCGGCUUUGCCGUCUUCAAGGUUGAACUGAAUAGGAAAUACCGCAUGCAUGACAUCAUCACCCAACUUAACGUGCAAACUACUACGUACAUCAACGCCCGCACGGUGUUCAUGAGGGCCAUGCUCCCCAAGGGUCGCUACAUGAUCAUCCCCUCCACCUUCAAACCUGAGACUCUGGGAGAGUUCAUGCUGCGUGUUUACACGAACGUAGACUCAGGAUGCAGAGAGCUGACAGAACACCAGCCCAGGAUGACGUGUUGGAGUAAGCUGACUGGCUACCCUGUUGCCGUGUCCCAGAUCUAUGUCCACGGAGCAGAGGGGCUGGAGAACCAGGACCGCACAGGGGGCGCGGAUCCAUAUGUGAUCGUAUCAUGUGAGGGCUCCUCAGUCCGGUCAACAGUCAAGGCAGACACCUUGAAGCCGGUGUUUGAUACCAGAGCCAUCUUCUACAGGAAGAAGCCCACAAAGCCAAUCACUGUGGAGGUGUGGAACAGUAAUGCUGUGAAGGACCAGUUCCUGGGCCAGGUGGUUCUGACAGGCUCAGUGAAGGACUCCACAACCCCCCAGAGGCUCCAGUUGAGGAAGAGUGGCAGAGCCAUGGCCGACGAGAUGCCUGGCUCCAUCACCCUCUGUAUCGUCACCUCCACCGAGCUCACAGACAUGUGAUCUGGAUCAGCUGACUACUACCUGGGUCACAUUGACAAUGUGUACAACACUCUGUUGCCUCUGACACUUUGAACAGGGGUUCAUCACUACAAGGCAUAAAGUUAUCACUCAGAAUGACUAUCAACGUGAACUUACAAUAUAUUCUACUAAGGACUGCCAUGGUCAUGGACCAAGGAAGCACCUACUAAAGACCCCCAUGGUCAUGGACCAAGAAGCACCUACUAAAGACCCCCAUGGUCAUGGACCAAGAAGCAUCUACUAAAGACUGCCUUGGUCAUGGACCAAGAAGCACCUACUAAAGACCCCCAUGGUCAUGGACCAAGAAGCACCUACUAAAGACUGCCUUGGUCAUGGACCAAGAAGCACCUACUAAAGACCCCCAUGGUCAUGGACCAAGAAGCACCUACUAAAGACUGCCUUGGUCAUGGACCAAGAAGCAUCUACUAAAGACUGCCUUGGUCAUGGACCAAGAAGCACCUACUAAAGACUGCCUUGGUCAUGGACCAAGAAGCACCUACUAAAGACUGCAUUGGUCAUGGACCAAGAAGCACCUACUAAAGACUGCCUUGGUCAUGGACCAAGAAGCACCUACUAAAGACCCCCAUGGUCAUGGACCAAGAAGCAUCUACUAAAGACUGCCUUGGUCAUGGACCAAGAAGCACCUACUAAAGACCCCCAUGGUCAUGGACCAAGAAGCACCUACUAAAGACUGCCUUGGUCAUGGACCAAGAAGCACCUACUAAAGACUGCCUUGGUCAUGGACCAAGAAGCACCUACUAAAGACUGCCUUGGUCAUGGACCAAGAAGUUUCUUCAAGCCUUCUAGAGUUUUGUUUGUUCUUAUAGUGUUUUGUAAAGGGACAAGACAUUACUUUUUGAAAGAUGAAUAACUGUAAAUAUAUUAUUAUAUUAUACUAGAUUAUACACUAUGAAACAUAACUCUUCAGAGUAAUACGCAUACUGUAUCUGUAUACAACAUUAUGCAACUUAUAUAUUCCAAAAAUAUGUUUGUCAUAUACAAAUAAAAGGGCCUCUUUUCAUCUUGCUGAAAAACAGCCAAAAGGCUCUUGCUGCAAAAUAUUGGAAUGUCUUGAAAGAGCCGAAUGUAUCUAGAGUGUAAGUUUUGGACCAUGGUCAUUCAUUUGUGUCAUUCCACUGAACUUCUUGAAAUGUCUAAAGGGUACUGCCUCUAAACUAGCAUCCUCCUUUGCCCGAAAUGUCUUGCCACUUUUAGUCCCUCUCUACUAACAGCAAAGAAAAGUAAAUCCAUUCAAACCAACAAAAAAAAUGUUUUUAUUUCAGUUCAGUUCCCAAACUGCAGUAUUUGUUGUUUUACACUCAAGACACAGCCAUGCACAAUUCAGAAUUCCAAAAAGUAUGUUGCUUUAUCCACAAUUAAAAAUAGCUUAUCCAAAACCUUAGUUGUCCCCAGUUGCUUUUUCUCAUCUGUCCUUUUCCAAAGAUGGGGCUUGCUGAGGUUCACCAGAUGGGUCAGCAGUUUACAAACCCAGAUAAUAAUAAUCAUCAUUUUAAAUAAACACUUUUUUGCCUUU